AUGGAGGUGAAACAAGCAGGGUCAUCUCUAGACUCUCUGAUGUCCUCAUUCAACACUCGAAUAGCGGAGCUCCAGCAAUUUGUAAUUGCUCGCAAUAUGUACCCAGCAAGCAGCAUCAGUGAUUUAUCGGAAAUCGACUCGGCAGUGAAGGGAAUGGAGCUCCAGGUCCAAAAAAUCCGCGAUAGAUUGCGAGAAGAAACUCAAGCAAUUCCAAAAGCUAAAAAGUUAAUAGAGGCAGCAUUGCGGCAACAAACGAAAUUGAAGAGUAUGUCUGCCUGUGUACCAUCCUGUUUGCCUGAAAUAGCAACCGCCGUGAUUCAGGAUACAAGUAAACGUGUGCAACCAGAAACGCCUAAGCGGGAUGUUGUUACUGAAUCUUUGAAACUUGAGGAGCCUGCACCCCGGGAGAAGAAGGGUCGUGCUUCCCCUCCAAUGUGGCACAUCACUAGCAACGAACUGAAUGCUUUGCCAUCGUAUAUGAAACAAAGGCUUACACUGGAUAAGGUCAAUGCAGCAAUUAAUGACAUAGCAACAUAUGCUGAAGCAAAUGCCCAGAUUAUCGUGGCCCCGAGAAAGAAGCUGGCAGAGAAUAUGUUGGACAAAGCCCUGGAAUUACGGGAGAUUUCCAUGAAUGAUGCAGUGAAGAGCAAACAUUUCUUUCUGGAAACUGAUAUUAAAGGGCCUGCAUUGAAACUAGACAAUACAGGGAAAGCAACACUAACGGUACUUCGGCACCUUGGUCGUGUAAGUGAAACUCGGAUAGGGCAUCACCGUGUCUUCAUUCUUCUGAAGCCUCAUUAA